CAUGCAUCCGCUGUGAGGACGUGUUUGGCAUCUUGGGAGAAAAUUUUACUUUUCCAGUAAAGAUAAAGAAUAAAGUGGAAAUUAUUUGGACGAAAAACAAGGAUAAAGUGGCUGAAUGGGAAGGGCAAGCCAAACCGACAUACUUUACUUCUCUCCAGAACAGAGGCUUGCUUAACAAGGAGAAUGGGUGCUUGGCUAUAUUUAACUUGGAAAACAGUGAUGCUGGCACAUAUGUGUUAGACUACUUGGAUUCUGCGAAAAAUAGAUAUGUCUUAACCUUCAUACUUGUUGUGUUAGAUCCUCCUUCAGAACCUGAAUUAAGUUGCAACAUCAGUGGUGAUAACCUUGUGUUAAAAUGUAGAGCAGAUUUCCAGAAGCCUCUGAAUUACACUUGGAACUUCAGUAGCACACCAGUCACUCAUCAGACCCAGGAAGUUGUCAUCCCUCAGCAGCAUGUUGAUGCUUCUGAGACAGCUUCAUGUUCCAUUAAAUUCUCUCAAACGGAAAAGACCUCUGAAAUCUCUUUGACUCAAUGCUUUCCAGAUAAAAAAGGAGACAGCUAUCACAAAAGGAGCAGAGGUUGUCUUAUUGCAGCUUUUGUUAUCUCAAUUCUAGCUGUAGGAAUAGUAGGAUUCCUAUGCAAAAGAGACAAAGAAUUGAAGAAGGAGGACAAUGCCCUGAAAGACAAGCAGACAGUUAACAACGGUGUAAAUCAGGAAGAAUUCUCUGCCAUGCAGAACAGCACCCUGACAUCAAAGUGUGCGGUUGACCAUAGUGUAACUGAGGGAGACAUCUUUAAGGAGAACAGCAGCUUGCUGGCCAAGCAUGCAGAUGACCAUGGCAUAAAUGAAGGAGGGUCUAGAAGGGAUCAUGAGGACAGUUCAGAGUUGGGUAUGGAGGAGAGAGGGGAGUUGUUGUAUGAUGACCCCAUGGUGAUGGGGGAUGUUGAAGUGACCCAGGAUGCAGAAUGUGGAAAUGAGGAGCACCAAAGCAACUCUCCCAGCUGCAGUAAAGAAGGUAUGUGA